CCUCAAUACAUAAUUCAAAUCGACCUUAGGCCGGUUCCUACUUUCCAACGAACCAUGAAUGAUGAUGGCUGGUACUCGAGCUUUGUGUCGCGUGCGAAUCCCACAGUAAUCAGCAAGUCUCCUUCGCAGCGCCGCAAGACAAUAAAUGAGGACAUUCGAACCGACGUCGCUCCCGUAGAAGCACUGUUUAAGCCGGUAGUUGAUAAAAUCAGGCAGCAGGAGCCGCCAAAAGCUACAGUAGCGAGAAGGGCCAAAUCUUAUAGCGAUUUCUACGAUGUCGUAAGGGCACACAUUAAGAAGGAAAAUAAAUUAGAAAAAGAGAGAGAGCGAAAGAAACAUAGGCGGAAGCAAGUCAAGAAUGACCUCGAGUUUGGGUCUUGGUAUCAUGGGUUACAGAACGACCUCUUGGAUGCUAGCCAGGAAGAGUACCGAUUGUACCGCGAUCAGCUUCACCUUGCCGAGGAGCACCUAGAAUCUCUGCUCAACGGGACCAAUGCAGUAUUGCAACUUCUAAUCAACCUUUCGAAUAACUUCAGGGAAGUGGAAACACAGACUACCUCGUUCCAAGCACAAUGCGAGGAUUUAUUGAGCGACCAAAAUCGAACAAUUAUGCUUGCCAAUGGCAUAGCUGAGAACUUACAGUUUUAUACGUAUCUUGAACCAAUGACAAGGCGGCUAAAUGCUCCUGGGGCGGGCAGACUAGUUGGAGGCAGGGAAUUUUCAGAUAUGUUAUCGAACCUCGAUACUUGCUUAGAAUACAUGCAAGCUCAUCCCAAACAUCGUGAAUCAGCCAGCUACAGAUCACGUUAUCGUUUGCUUUUAACCAGAGCACUGACUCUAAUACGAAAUCAUUUUGCCAAUUCGCUCAAAGAUGUCGUUGCGGAUGUUACGAAGCGCAUAGCUGAAAGACAGCUGAAUGAAACAACGCAGUCGGCACUGCUGUAUGCUAAAUUCCGUGUACCUGCUCCCGAGAUGAAAGCGAUCGGCCUGGAGAUACAGAAAAGAGCCAUUCUUCCAGAAGGCGCAGAACCAGGCUCAGAGGCUGAAUACCAGAGCCUCAUGAACGAGCUCUAUCAAAGCUACGGAGCUGCGCGGGGAAAAUUAUUGCGGCCCAUAAUCAACAAAAAUAUGAGCGAGAUCGCAGCUAGCCCCAACACAUCAAAGGAUCUUGUUUCCUUCGCAAGAAGCAGUAUAAGUUUCAUUCGUGGAAUAUGUUCCGAUGAAUAUGACCUGUGGGGCGAAUGGUUCGCAUCUGACGCCGCUCUGUAUUCAUUCCUCGAAGAGAUGAUGGACCCGUUCUACGAUCAGUUGCGACCCCGGAUUAUACAUGAGACACAAAUCCAAAAGCUGUGUGAGCUUUGUACUCUAAUACAAACUAGAUAUAUGGACGACGAGGAUGAGGACGAACCAAACUCACCUGGGCCCCCAAAGCUAGACUUUGGUCAUCUGAUCGCGCCUGCACUUGAAGACGCGCAAUCCAGGCUUGUUUUCUUGACUCUAACGACUCUGCGCAAUGAUAUUGAGUACUAUAAACCGAAGCCAAAUGAUCUAGAUUAUCCAACUAGGUCCAGUCGUGCACCGCAGUCUGGCUCGAGAGCGAAUGGUCCUGUGCUGUCUGGCCGCAAAAGUACAAAUGGACCCUUUUCGAAGACAGCAUCAAUCGCGGAUGAAGAUAAUCCGGACAGAGAUCUGAUACUCGCAUCUUCGCUAUCAGACUGCUAUCCAACGCUACCAAAGGCUGUAUGGCUUCUGAGUAGAAUAUAUCGCUUGGUCCAUUCUUCCGUCUUUGAUGAUCUUGCACACCAAAUUGUGCACCAAACUACCCUUUCGCUACACCAUGCAUCUACUCUUAUAUCGAAACAAGCAUCUCCUACAGAUGCGCAGCUUUUCCUCAUCAAGCACCUCCUCACUCUUAAACAACAAAUCGUCGCAUUCGACAUCGAGUUCGUCUCUCCCGAUGUGCAGUUCGACUUCUCUUCUGUAACUAACACGUUCUGGGAACUUCGCUCACGUGGUGGGCUCUUUAAUCCUCUAAACCUUGUUAGGCUGGUUGGGGGUAGCCUCAUUCCCAAGGUUGUUACGAACAUGCUUGAUGCGAAGGCCGAGCUUGACGGUCGCCUCCGAACCGUAAUAAAUGAUUUUGUAGACUCGUUCGCCGAACGCAUGACCAAACCACUACAAUCACGUGUCAAGGAUGCUAGGGCUGCCACUUUGGAGGUGCGCAAAUCGCUUGAGAAGGACGUUCCAUUUUUAAGGAAGAAAUUGGAGGAGUAUAUCACAGAUCGAAGAACCAAAGAAACGCUUGUGGCAGCUGUCAUGGACAAAGUGGUAGAAAUCUACGAGGAUUGGUAUGACGAGUGGAACAAGGGCUCUGUCGGAGCGGGAAAUGCUGGGAGAAAAGGCAAAGGAAGGGAGGAUGAGGUCUGGGGUCCUGGCGCUUUUGGAGAGUGGGCUACAGGAGUGUUUGAUGUUGGACGUCUUAGCUUCUUGGACGAUGAAGAUGCCGAUGGUGAAAGCCGAAGAAAUAGUGAUGUCAGUAGUCUCUAGAAUCAUUGACCCCAGAGUUAUCGGGAGUUGUUACAAGACUUCAAAGCAAUACAAGAAGAUCGGGCCCGACUGAAGUUAACA